CGACACAGACGCCAGCAACGUCAGCUCAGGGGCUGUGCUGGCUCAGACAACGCCUGGGGGAGAGAGAGUAGUGGCAUACUACAGCAGGACACUCAACAAGGCAGAACGUCGCUACUGUGUCACCAGAAGAGAGCUGCUCGCCGUGGUCAGUGCCAUACGGCAUUUUAAGUAUUACCUGGGCGGCCUCAACUUCACGGUGAAAGCGGUUCACUCUGCUUUGCAGUGGCUCAUGUCUUUCAGAGAACCAGAAGGUCAGCUGGCACGCUGGAUCGAAGAGCUACAAGCCUAUAACAUCACCGUGGUCCACAGGCCAGGGGCCCAGCAUGGGAAUGCUGACGCACUUUGCCGCCACCCUUGCAGCACUGACUCCUGCCAGUACUGUGAGAAAAGAGAGAUACUGGAGAGAGAACAGCUACACCCUGAUGUGAGAUGUGCAGCUGUGGGUGAGGAGGGGCCGACCACUAGCCAGGGACUGGCAGCUGUGGAUGGAGCAGCAUGGGCACACGAACAGGGGCGUGAUGUAGACAUCAGACCGGUGCUUACCUGGGUGGCGGCACAACGUCAACCUCCAUGGGAAGAUGUUGCCAUGUUUUCCCGAGCCACAAAGGGACUCUGGUCGAUGUUUGGAGUCCUGCGCCUGUGUGAUGGAGUGCUACAGAGGGGGUGGAAGGAGCCAGCCACGGGAGAGACACGGUGGCAGGUGGUGGUGCCAAAGGGCCUGCGGGAGACGGUGCUCCAAGCAGUGCAUGGUGCGCCUGGAUCUGGUCACUUUGGGGUAGCCAAAACCCUCCGCCGCCUCCGACAGGGGUUCUAUUGGGGCCAACAUCGGCGAGAUGUGGAAGACUAUUGUCGCCACUGCACGGAAGGGCCCCACAGAGAGAUCUCAUGCUCAGCUCCAGCAGUUUCCAACAGGGUGCCCCAUGGAAAGGGUGGGAAUUGAUGUUCUUGGGCCGUUUCCCCGUACAGACAGGGGAAACCGUUACAUUCUCACCGCCAUGGACUAUUUCACCAAGUGGCCAGAGGCUUACAGUCUGCCAGACCAGGAGGCUGAGACCAUCGUGGAUUGGCUCCCACAAGACCGGCAGGUUCAUUCAUUCUCUAUGGUAGUGCUAAACCACUACGGACGUAAUGCGCACUCCAGCCACUGCCGCCUUUGGCACUGUAACCGCCUAAAACUCCGUCUCGCCUCCUCGACUGUGUCAGUGAACAGAGAAGAGGAGAGACGAAGUCGACAUCGCCAACUACUCCUGACAUUUGGAUAUAUUUUCUUCAAACUAAGGCCAGCAUGGAAAAACCAUUCAGUUUCUUUCCUGGGAGGAUGGAAGUUGUUUUUCGCAAUGGACCUCGAGGUUACCUGCGUCAGGAUCCAACUGAUGCAGCUAAGCUCCUCAAGGACAACCCUUCUCUGCAGGACAAGUCUGCACCUCUAAAGGAGGACACAGUGAGACAGAAUGCCCUGACUGUGGUCUGUCAGAGAGGAGGGGAUGCCUCAGACAACACAGAGGUGCUGGGGGAUUACAUUUUGCAGUUUGGCAAAUAUAAGGGCAAAUCCUUCGGGUGGCUGUUACAGAAUGACGUAGGCUAUACAGUCUACCUCAUUAAGCACACCCAGAAGGAAGAGGCUGCCGGAGUGCACACGACUGAGGGGCACAGCGAGGCCAGCAUGGCAUCUUUUGUGGGUUAUGC